AUGGGAUAAAUUACAUAGAAAUUAUUUACAACAACAGAAGCAGAUGAAUAGAUAGUAAUUUCGACAAAUUCAAGGAUUGGAUAUAUUUAGAGGAAGUUUUUAUUUACUUAAGCAGAUGUUUCUAAUUUGCAUAAAAUAUUUCGUAAAAUGGAUACAAUGGGUACAGGAUAUAUAAGUUAAUAAAACUUCUUUGAAUUUUUAGAUGAAGAAUGUAAUAGUGUAGUUAGUCCUAAUAUUGAAUACUUAUUUUAAUUAAUAGAGAAGGAAGUUGAAUAAAAAGUAAGUUUUUCAGAAUGGUUACCUGCGAUUAGUUUAUAUUGUUUGUAUAAAAAAGAUAGCGUAGUUGCUUAUGUUUUUUAAAUGUUAGACAGUGAUCAUGAUAAUUUUAUUUCAAAGAAAGACUUAAUGAAUUUUUUAGUAUAGAAAAGGAAUGGUAAGAAAAUAUUUUAUUAUAAUUACAUGAAAGCUGUGGAGUUAUUAGAUAUAGAGAGACCUGAUAAGAUAAGUUUGGAAUAGUUUAGAAAGAUAUAAUAAUAGAUUCCAUUUAUAUGUUAUCCUGCAUUUAGAUUGUAGAGAGAGUUGAGAAGUAGAAUAUUUGGAGUGAAAUAUUGGGAUAGUUUAUAUGAUAGAAUAUUACAUAAAGAGAGUGAAGAGAAUAAAUUGAAAUAAAUGUAGAAGAUUUAAGAUGAGAUGAAGAGAAAAUAAUAGAAUAAAUUAGAUAAGAAGGUAGAAAAGUUUUUAUAGAAUACACAUAAAUCUAGAGUAUCGAUACCUUCAAUGAAAUUGAUUCAUUAAAGAGUGAAUGGGAGAAGGAAUUCAGAUACAAAUAUGCCUUAGAAUCAAGAGACGGCAGAUGAAUUGAUAAAUAAUAUGUUUUAAUAAAUAAGUAAGUAAUUGAAAGGAUAACACAAUUAGAGGAAACAGAAAGAAUUAAAAGUCUUAAGAUGUAGAUCGAAAUCGUUGUAGUACAUAAAGAUGAAUUUUAAGCAUACAGAAGAAUAAAUAGUAAGAUCAUCGAAAUAUAUAAAAACUUAAUAAUCUUCUUAAUAGAUUCCUUUGAAUUUUAAAAAGUAAGAAAGGAAAUCAAUAUUCCAUAUGAAUAAGAUUAAACCUUAAAUAGAGAAACCUCCAGGAUCAUCUCAUAAUAGUUCAGAUUCUGAAUCAGUAUCAUAAUCAUUAUUAUAUUGA